AUGCUUGAUAUCCUUACAGCACUCGUAAUAUCCCUUGUGCUUUACGAUCCAGCAGCUCGAAUCCCAAAGGUAUUUGCUUAUAGUCAGAUUACAAGUACAGUAAGAAAAGGUCAACAGUCUGAAAUUCAGGACAAAAUGGACUCGAAGGAUGAUUGGAUCACCAUCCUGGGAUUUGGUUCCCUUCUGUCGGAACGGUCCUCAAGAACAACCUUUCCCGAUCUCAAAAAUUUCCGGCUGGGCCGAGUGAAGAAUUACCGAAGGGUUUUUGGCCAUCCAGCCUCCAUCUUUUUCCAACGUGGAAUUGCCAACCUUGAAACAAAAGAAAUGUCGUCACUCUCCACAGAAUAUUUGGAGGGUCACCCAGGGUUCAUUUGCUCUGUAUUUGAAGUCCCUAAUGAUGAUAUGAUGGAAAAUGGUCUUCCUAGCCCUGCCUUUUUGGAACGUGAAGAAGAAUUUGAUAUAAUCGAGGUUCCCUAUGAGGAAUCCGAUGGGAAAGUAGUUAACAAAGGAAUUCUUUGUGCUGCCGGAACCGAUUCCAUCUACUUGAAACGUUGGGGACAAAAACGUUUCGAAGCCAAUUACAAAAAAUAUGGUGUAGAGAAAAUAUGGGGUUGGGAGCGAGACUCGGGUCUUCGGCCAUGUGCAGUCUACCUCCGUCACUGCUAUCUGGCGUCCAAAUCCAUGGGAGACACUUGCUUGGAUUCAUUUCUAGACGAGACGGUACUAGUCGAUAGAAAGACAACUGUCAGAGAAUAUUUGAAAGAAAAUCCACAAGUAUUGGAAACAGAGCCUCCUCCCAGUUUAGUUGGUAGAUACUCCGGUUAA